UUUACACAUAGUACGUGAGAUAUAUUCAUUACGUAAACGAAUACGGCGUAUUCUCAAAACAAAAGGGAGAAGUGCAUUUAAAAUAUUUAUAUUUUUACGUUUUUAUGUUUCUCGUGAUUUCGUCUAAGCACUGAAGAAACUGAAGAAAAUGUAGACGAACUAACGGAGACCACAAGAGACAGGAGAGGCUAAGCGCUUUCCGUAUCAAUAACACUAGCAAUCUCUUUAUUAUUUAACAGGACGAUAAAUGCAGCUGACAUCUCCCGACGUGACAUAUCGUACGAGGUAGAUUGAACAAGAUGAUAAAAUGGAUGUUCCUGCAGUAAAUACAAGCUUUACACAUUCACAACCACAGUCAUGGGCCAGACAGAACCACAUGACCCCAACCUGUCAUCCUCCAUAUCACUACCCAUAUAUGAACCCAAAACAUCAGAGCAGCACAGAAGUGAGCUUGGCCUGCUCAGGUGCUCGGCCUCAGUCGCUGCACUGGGACACCUCACAGCAAAGCUACCAGGAUGUGUGUAAUUCUGUUCCUGAGAUUUCAAACAUGAAGACUCAAGGGAUGCCACUGGGAAGCUGCUCAUUACCAACGAGUCCAACAUCAAAUUCCAAGUCAGAGUCUCGAUACGGUCUGGAUCCUCAGCUUCUACCCAGUGUGGUGCAGGUGAUCAAAGAGGACAGGGUCCAGUGGGAAGGGAAAGUGUUUGUUUCGAAGUCCAAAUCCUCCGUUCCCCCUCUCUCCUCAACACGAUGCACCCUGGAGGACAAAGGUAAUGCCACACCUCAUUUCAUCCGCUGCACGACCUACAGCUUCCCUGUAGCUGUUCAGUCAGCGCAGAAGAGCCACCUGCCUCUGGGUGCCACUGUGCACCCGCUGGCCGUGCCUGAGAUAGGAGAGUGCUCAGUGCCAGUGUGUGAAGCAGGGGAUUGUGUUAAGGGCUGUGGGCACUGUGGGGCCUUCAUGAGCCCCGCUAUGAGCUGGCAGGACUGUGGGCAAAGAUUCUACUGUCCCUUCUGUGACAAACUCUCUGAAGUGCCGUGGCAGUCCUAUCAGCCCACCAAUCAGGGCCGCCGUGUAGACUUGGAAAGCAAACCUGAGCUCAGUCUCGGCUCGUAUGAAAUUCUGGAGAAGCAAAUGUCCAAUGCUGCUGUGUUGGUGCUGGCAAUAGAUGUUUCUCACAGCGCGAUGAGGAUGGGGCAUCUAGACCACAUAUCCAAGCAGAUUUGUUCCCAAUUACAGAUUUUGCAAGGGAGUGAAGGAGCCGACCAAUCAAAUCUUCGAAUUGGUUUGAUGACCUAUGACAGUCGGAUCCACCUGUAUAACCUGAGUCCAGCUCUGUCCCGACCCCACAUGAUGAUCAUCACUGACUGUGAGGAGAUGGAACUUCCUGUGACGGAAGGUCUUCUGGUGCCACUGAAAGACUGCAGACACAUAGUUGAAAGAGUUCUACAGGAAAUUGCAUUUUUUAAGCCUAAAUCAGAUGAAAGAUGCGGCUCACAAGAUCUCCCUGUUUCUGCUGCAGUGAAGAUUCUUCAGGCCUCAGAGUCUCCAGGAAAGUUGCUGAUCUUUCAUUCCUCGCCUUUGACUGAAUGCACAGAUGAGAAAAGCUCCUCUGUAUUUUUCAGUUCUAGUAAAUUAAAGUCCAUCUUUCAAGGACCAGACUCUACCACCUCAUUGGCUAAAGAUUGUGUCAAUCAUGGAUGCUGUGUCCACACCUUUGUGUUCUCUCACCAAGAAGUGGGUGGAGCUUGGCCGGGGCACAUCCCCUUUCUGACAGGGGGUGGCCUAAUCUGCUAUAAUAGUCUGCAGUCUGAGAUGGAGCAGGAACGCUUCCAAGCCGAUCUGAGCAGAUGUGUGAACAUGCAGUUGGCCUUCAAAGCUCAGCUCAAGGCCUUCGUCAGUAAAGAGAUGCGCAUAUCUGGUUGCUAUGGCGCCUUCAUCCUCGGUCCUGACUCCAGCCGUGUUGCCAUGGCAGCGCUAGAUUGGCGCACAACUAUGGCAUUUGAGUUCACUCACAACAAAUCUCUAGAUGAAGCGAGGGGUGUCGCCAUACAGUUUGUUCUGUCAUACAGUACGUCCUCCGGCGAGAACAGGAAGCGGAUACACACGGUUACUCUGCCUUGUUCGCAUCAGCUGCUCGACACCUUUAGAAGCAGCCAGGCUGAGAGUCUCCUCACAUUCUACUGCAAGAAAAUGUAUUCUUUAGCGCUGGAGACUCCACUGCAGUCCUUGCGUGAGGAGCUACAAACAGAAGUUACUGAGAUGUUAGCUUGCUUUAGGAGACACAACUGCACAACAUCUGUGUCCCCAGGACAGCUGGUGUUGCCUCAGUUUCUUAAAGCUCUGCCUGUCUACAUUAACAGUCUGCGCAAGAGUGAGGUGCUGCUGCCGGGGCUGCGUAGCUCUGUACAGCAGCGUCUACAACUGCGUUGCCUCAUUGUCUCCAUGGACACAAUGAGCACGGCUUCACAGUUCUACCCACAUAUUCUGACUUUGCCUGUCUCCGGUAGUAAUACCACUAUGCCAUCCGUAGAAGAAACGGUGCGCUGCACCGCGUCCAGCCUAGAUCAAGGGGGUCUGUAUCUGAUCUACUGCCCACUGGCACUGCUUCUUUGGGUGGGCAGCCGUGUGCCCCCUCAAACUCUCUUGCACCUUUUCAACGCCAACUCCUUCUCCAGCCUCACAUCUGGCAAGAUUAAGCUGCCUGUUCUCGAGAACUUCCUCUCCAUCAGCACCAGAGAUCUCAUUUGCUCACUGCAAUCUCAGGCAGCUGUUACUCUGCAGCUCAAAAUGGUGAAGGAGGGUGACAGCUGUGAAGAGUCUCUCCAGCACCUCCUGGUGGAGGACAAGAGUCCUAACGGUGGAGCCUCAUAUUCUGACUUUCUUUUUCACCUUCAUGUUAAUUCAUUGCGUCUUAUUACGUAAUGAUCUCUUAACAUACACACCUGGCUGCCAGAUUUGACAUUGUGUCAUUUUGUGUGAAUCUCUUCAUAUUGGAUUAUUUCCCUUGUUGUCUACCUGUCCUCUGCCUUGUAGGCAUUACAUGUAAAUCAAUGAGAAACAGCAAGAUGUCAGUCUCAUAUGAACUCUGCAUAUGAACUUCUCAUAGAACAUUUACUUCUUGAAGACUUUUGUUUUCAAAAUGUAAUAGUUACAAAGGUCUGUACUCAUUACAGAUAAAAGGAAAGGAAAUAAACAUAGAAGUAAUCAGUCCUUUACUAUUGAGGGGAUCCAAAUUCUUCCAUCAAAGACUGGUUUUGAAUAUGGAUUAAUAUUUAUGGUUCUGUUCAUGAAUUUUGUCAUUUAAUUCAUUCAACAAAUUGGCCAUUACGGGUAGUCGUGAGUUAAGUGUGUUAAUGUUUUAAGCAAUAAUAGUUUAAUUUAAUUUUAGUCUCAAUAUUUAAUGUCUUAUUUAAAAAGUGCUGAUCGUUUUAAACCAUACAUUUUCCAACUCUGUUAUUUAUUUAACAUUUCUUUUGUAUCAUAAGGAUAUUUACCUACAAAUUCUGGAAAUGCCACAAAUAAAAUCACAAUUAAUCAGCA